AUGGGCAGCGUAGAGAGAACGUGUGUACUGAGGUUUAGGAAUACUGAUAUUGUAAGAGAAAGCGACAGUUUAUACGAUAAAAAUUGUGGAAUGAACAUACGUGGUUGGUUCCCACCUUAUAUAUGGCAAGGUCUAAAAACAGAAGUAGAUGAAGAUAACCCCUAUAUUAUAAGUAAAACACAUACGUCUGAAUACCUAGGAAAUAAUUUAGAGUCGGCUUGGAAUAAAGAAUUAGAAAAACCUAGACCAUCUUUAUUAAAAGCUUUGUUUGCAGUCUUCAAGUACGAAAUUAUCGCAGCCGCAUUUCUAAGGUUUUUUCUUGACUCCAUCAAGAUUACUCAGCCUAUUCUAAUAUCAACUCUGGUUUCCUAUUUUCGAGCCCAAGCUGACGACGUGGUUCAGUCACAUAUUUAUAUAUGUGCUUGCUUGUUAGUUCUCUCAUCAUUCAUACAAGUAAUUUGUAUCCAUCAAAAUAUGUUAUUGGUAUUAACGCUAGGCAUGAAAAUUAGGAUAGCAGCAUGUGCUCUAGUGUACAGAAAGGCACUCAAAUUAACUAAAAGUGCAAUCGGAAUAACUACUGUAGGACAGAUGGUUAAUUUAUUGUCAAAUGAUGUUGAAAGAUUCGACUUCUGUUGUCAAUUCAUUCAUCUUUUAUGGCUUGCACCUUCUGAAAUUAUUAUAGCUAUGGUUUUACUGUAUAUUUUAGUUGGACCUACUGGACUAGUAGGAUGUAUUUUCCUUUUAGCUUUCGUGCCCUUCCAGCCUUACAUGGCAAAACUAGUCUCUCAAUACAGAUUAAAAACUGCAAUUUGUACAGACGAGAGGAUGAGAUUAAUGAACGACAUUAUAGCUGGAAUUCAAGUAAUUAAAAUGUACACAUGGGAAAAACCUUUUACUAAAUUAGUAGAGUCUGUUAGAAGGAGAGAAAUCGAACAAAUAAGGCUGAUUUCGUCAGUGCGAGCAAUUAUGUUGGCUUUAAGUAUGACUUUAGGACGACUUUCCAUGUUAUUGUGUGUAUUAACUUACGUACUCUCUGGCAACACUUUAACUGCUUAUUAUGUAUUCACUGUAGCAUCAUUCUAUGGGUUUUUAAGGAAUUCUGUCAUUUUAUUGUUUCCUCAAGCCGUUAUACAAGUAGCAGAAGCUAGGGUUUCCAUAUCAAGGAUUCAGUCAUUUCUAUUACACGAAGAAGUUGAUGCAAAUAAUGAUCAAGAUGCGAUAAAAAAUAUAAUAAAUGAUGUUAUGGAAGAUACAGAAGCCAGUAAAGGAGAGGGUGAUGUGGGAAUUCUGAUUAAAAACGCUGCUGUGAAAUGGGAGCUUUCAUCAACAGAACAUUUACUGAAAGAUGUAAACUUUGAAGCCGCUUCCAAUCAACUAGUUGCUCUAGUUGGACCAGUAGGUGGGGGCAAGUCGACGCUUCUUCAAGUUAUUUUGAGAGAGAUUAUACCUUAUCGAGGUACAGUUAAAGUAAAUGGAACCAUGUCGUAUGCAUCACAAGAACCCUGGAUAUUUGGUGGAAGUAUAAAGCAAAAUAUACUCUUUGGACAGCCUUUUGAUCGAAUAAAAUACGAAGAGGUCAUUAGGGUAUGUGCUCUAGAAAGAGACUUCGUAUACCUACCGUAUGGAGAUAACACUUUUGUUGGAGAAAGAGGUUGCAAUUUAAGCGGGGGACAAAAAGCUCGAUUAAACUUAGCAAGAGCAGUAUACAAAGAUGCAGAUAUUUAUCUCCUUGACGAUCCGUUGUCGGCAGUUGAUAGUGCAGUAGGCAAGCAAUUAUUCAAUAAUUGUAUCAACGGAUAUUUGAGGAAUAAAUGUGUUGUGUUAGUAACGCAUCAAGUGCAAUACCUACAUUCCACCAAUUAUAUUUAUUUAUUAGAAGAGGGGACACUUAGAUCACCAAGUACGUAUCAUAUUAUGAAAGCUACUGACAGAACAUUCAUCAAAUUACUGGAAACUGCGAAAAUGGAAGAAAAAAGAGAUCACUCGUUACAAACACAAGAGACCGAACCGCAAGUUAUUCAGAUUUCGAAAGAAGAAAGAGCUACUGGAGCAAUUUCCAGCAGAGUUUAUACAAGUUAUUUCAGAGCAGGCGGACAUUGGACGAAAACUUUGGCGUUGUUAUGCGCUUUCAUUGCUGCACAAGUUUUUUCUAGUUUAACUGAUGUCUUCUUAACAAUAUGGUUAGUAUAUUAUGUGAAUAUUUUGAGCAUUAACUUCUUAAGUUUCAUAAUCCCUCUAAUGGUUAAUACUGAACAAUCUAGAGCGGAAGAAAAAAUUAAAAAUGAAUUUUGGAAUCGAUUACUCAGCGUUGAAAUAUCAUUGUUCAUUUAUAUUUCGUUGAUAGUUUUUACAGUGAUAUUCUCAAUAAUUAGAUCUAUAGCUUUCUUCAGUUAUUGCAUAAAAGCUUCUAUCAGAUUACAUAGCACUAUGUUUACGAAAGUAAUUCAUUCUCCGAUGUCUUUUCAUAAUUCGAAUCCAUCUGGAAGGAUAUUGAAUAGGUUUUCGAAAGAUAUUGGAUCUUUGGAUGAAACAUUACCGACGUGCAUGCUUGAUACACUAGGCAUUGGCUUGAUAGUUUUGGCAAUAAUUAUUGUGAUUGGUGCCAUAAAUCCCUAUAUCCUCUUCCCAACAUUGAUUUUAUUAGCGAUGAUGUAUUAUAUUAAACAAGCCUUUUUAGUGUCAAGUAGAAACAUCAAACGCCUGGAAGCUGUAACUCGCAGCCCUAUAUAUAGUCACCUAACAGCCACUCUGCAAGGAAUAACAACGAUUAGAGCUUUUGGAGCAGAGACAAUCUUAGUCCAGCAGUUUGAUAAGCUACAAGACAAAUUCACUUCAGCUUUUUAUAUGUUUUUAACGGCUAGUAGGGGAUUUGGAUUUUGGUUAGAUGUACAUUGUGUCGUGUAUAUGGCUCUGAUUAUUAUUAGUUUACUUUUUAUUCAAAAAGAAACAUUUGGAGGCAAUGUUGGUCUAUCUUUGACACAAGCUAUAACCUUAGCAGGCUUAUUUCAAUGGGGGAUCAGACAAUGGAGCGAAUUGGAAAACCAAAUGACGUCAGUGGAAAGAGUACAAGAAUAUGCUGACCUUCCCACUGAGCAAGAUUCCCUCAGAAUUGAUCCGCGGAAAUAUUGGCCUGAAAGAGGUCAAAUUAAAUUCGAGAACGUUUUCCUCAAAUAUGCACCUGAUGAGUCUUGUGUACUCAAUAAUCUGAAUUUUGAUGUCAAAUCAUCAGAAAAAGUUGGCAUUGUAGGAAGAACUGGAGCGGGAAAAUCAAGUAUAAUUCAAGCACUUUUCCGAUUAGCUCAUAUAGAUGGAAAAAUCUUAAUCGAUAAUAUAGAUACGGGUGUUAUUAAAUUAGAAAAGUUAAGAUCAAAAAUAUCCAUCAUUCCUCAAGAGCCCAUAUUAUUUUCAGGUACAUUAAGGAAAAAUCUAGAUCCUUUCGAUGAGUAUUCUGAUGAGGAGCUGUGGCAGGUGUUAGAGAAAGUGGAAUUAAGAAAUGCUGUGGACGAACUUCCGGCAGGUUUGGAAAGUAAAAUAGCAGAAGGUGGAAUAAACUUUAGCUUAGGUCAGAGACAAUUACUAUGCCUAGCCAGAGCUAUUAUAAGAAAAAAUAAGAUAUUAGUUUUAGACGAAGCAACCGCAAAUGUAGAUCCAAUGACAGAUGAGAUUAUUCAAAGUACGAUUAGAGAGAAAUUUGAAAAUUGUACUGUUCUCACCAUUGCUCAUAGACUACAUACUAUUAUGGACUCUGAUAAAAUUUUAGUAAUGGAAGGUGGUGAAGCAGUAGAAUUUGGACAUCCAUAUUCAUUAUUAUUAAAAAAAGGAACGUUUUAUGAUUUAGUUAGAGAAACUGGUAGUACGACAGCUCUAAAUUUAGAAGCUAUAGCUAGAGAAAACUUUUCUAAAAAUAAUAACUGA